GAGAACGAUUUGAGGACAGAGGCGGACGACUUAUACAAAAUCCGUUUGAGACCCGUUCAGGAUCCGAUAACGCACGCGUGGCGGUGCGGCAAGGCGGUCGUGAACGCGGGCGGUGCCUUCAAUCAGCGAUUUGUUACGAAAGCAGAAUACGACGAGAGUGGACCGAAUAUUUGCAGGCAGAAAUAUUUUAAAUUUUGUUGA